CUUUACUGAUUACAAUUGAGCACUAAAAAGGUUCAACAUGACCAUUCCAAUACUCUAUACUGUAUGUGGAAUAGUAGAAUACAAGUGUCACUCAAAUUGGUUACAACAAAACGUUAGAAAACACCCCAGUGUUUUUAAUUAGAGCAUUGAACAGAUUUUGUUAGUAAAAACGUUGCAUUUUCCCGUAAAAAUUGAUUUAUUUACGAAAAAAAUAAUAAAAAAUGUCUUAUAGUGGGGCGGGGCUUAAAACUGUUUACAUUCUUGUCGUGAAACUGGAAGAAGUGAUUGCACUCGAAUUAAGAUUCACCUCGAUGCGAGCUGAUAAACUGCGGAAACCGCUCCCUCGAAAAGCGAAGCGCAGAAAGCGCGUACAAUAUGCCGAGGAAAAUCUCGGAGACGCGCCUUGCAAGGUCGAGGCACUGCACAGGUACAAUGGAGACUACGUCACCAGCUAG